AUGGGAAAGAAAGUGAAGAAAGAGAGUGAAAGUCCCUGCAAGGAAACGUUUCAACCACUACCUGUUGAGAGCAAAACCCCAGCAACAGCAGUGCUGCUGCUGAGCUCUCCAGAGGAGGACAUCCUAGUCAAAGCCUGUGAUGCAAUCCACACAUUUGCAGAGAAAGGAGAUGAGAACAAGGCUGCUCUGCUGGCAUUUGGGGCAUUAGAGCCUCUCUGCCAGCUCAUCACACACAACAACAAGCUGGUCAGACGCAACGCCUUCAUGGCCUUGGGCAUCAUGGCCACCAACAGUGAUGUAAAGAAUCCUCUGAAAAAAUUAGAUGUCAUCCCAUCAAUCAUUGACAAGCUCUCACUUGAAGAGGAUGUAGUUGUGCAUGAAUUUGCAACACUAUGCUUGGCCUCUCUGUCAGUGGAUUUCAUUUGUAAGGUCCAGAUCUUCGACAACAAGGGCCUAUCACCUCUAAUCCAGCUCCUAUCCAGUCCAGACCCCGAUGUCAAGAAGAACUCACUUGAGAUCAUCUUCAACCUGGUUCAGGAUUAUCAAAGUCGUGUGGCAGUGCAUAAGUUGGGUGGGAUCCCUCCACUUCUGGAACUGCUGAAGUCAGACUUCCCUGUCAUUCAGCAUUUGGCUUUAAAGACGCUGCAGAAUGUCACCACUGAUAAAGAUACUCGCAACACCUUGAGCGAAGAGCAAGGAUUUGAGAAGCUCAUGGAUAUCCUCAGUAAUGCGGACUUCAGCGACCUUCAUGCUGAGGCCUUACAGGUUGUUGCUAACUGUCUGAGUGACAGCGAAAGUUUCCAUCUGAUCCACAAGGGUGGAGGAGUGAGAAGGCUGAUGGAGUUCGUUCUCACCCCCAACAUGCCUGAAGUCCAGUCCAGUGCGGUUAAAUGCAUUGCCAGGGUUGCUCAGAACUCUGAGAAUCACAAAGCGCUCCAUGAGCAGAAUGUGGAGAAGGUUCUGGUAGAGCUUCUGUCUGUGGCGGACAUCAGCGUGAAAACAGCUGCCUGCCAGGCGUUGCCCGCCAUGAGCUUCCACCCAGCUAGCAAAGACAGCUUCAGAGGCCUGGGUGGUAUCCCCACAGUUGUACACUUGCUGAAAAAUGAGAGUUUGGCACUGAGAGAGGCAGCAACCCAGGCCCUCUCUAUCCUCACACAUAAAAACCAACGCAACGCAUUCGCAGUGUACGAGGCAGGAGGCCAUGAGAUCCUUGUCCAGCAGCUCAGUGGAAGCUGUCCGGGGAUGGUGGCCAAUUCUGCUGCCACACUUGCCAACAUGGCAGGACAGGAGGUCAUCCGCUGCAGCAUCUUGUCACAUGGAGCCAUGCAGGUUCUGGUGGAUCCCUUGAAGUCCACAAAUGUCCAGGUGCUGGUCAACACCAUGCAGUGCCUGGCAGUGCUGGCCUGUGAAACAGAAGCAAGGGCAGAGCUACAAAGUGCUGGAGGCCUUCAACCACUGGUCAAUUUGCUGCGCUCCUAUCACAAGGAGGUGUUGCAUAAUGCAUGCUGGGCUAUCAAUGUCUGUGCCAGUGAUGAGCCCACCGCUGUGGAGAUGUGCAAAUUUGGAGCUCUGGAAAUGCUUCAGGAAAUCAACCAAUCAGUGAAUCGUAGGAGCAGUUUCAGCAAGUUGGCAAUGAUCAGCCUGCUUAACUCCAACUUAUCUGUUAAAUACAGCCUGACAGAUCAUUUGGCGUCAACUGAUGUUGUUAGUGAUGGCUUCUAUGACGCUGGGAAGGCUCGUGCAGGUCAGAGGACUCUGACUUUAGAGGAGCUGUCCAAGCAGCCUGUCAACCAGCACCGGCCAAUCAUUGUUGUCAACAAAGCAACAGAUUUUGUUUGAUCUGUCUGUGGCAGAGAGACAGUGGAUGUGCCAGAAGAGAGACAAGGAAACCCAUCAGGAACAGACACCAGCAGCAGGACACCAAGGAAGAGGAAAGAGGAUGAGAAACGAAAAGAUGAGAUCCGGCCUGAGUCUCCUACAGAGAAACCGUGGAAGAUGAUGGAUGACGUCUCAUUGCAGCUUCUAGUGAAAGAGGCCAAAGAAUCGGUCCUCCCACUGGGUGAUGAACGAGAGCAGGUUGUUGCCUUGGCCAGGCUGGUGAGUGAUGCCAUGGGCGGAGCAGUGGAGAUGGAGAAGUUGCAAGAAUUCCCCUGGGUGCUGCACCUCAGCGAGCUCAAGUUUCAGCUCCAGUCUAAUGUUGUCCCAAUUGGUUUGAUCAGCAGGGGCAUCUACUGCCAUAGGGCGCUUCUCUUCAAGUGCCUGGUUGAUUGCAUUGGAAUGAGCUGCACACUUGUUCGGGGGGAGUACAAUCGGGCUUGGAACGAGGUACUCCUCCUCAAUGGGAAUCCCUCCAGCAAUGGGUGCCCUUCAAAGCCCUGCCACUAUAUAGUGGACCUUAUGCAUCAGCCUGGAAGCCUGCUGAGAGCAAAUACUCCUGCUGCUGUGCAAUACCAGACUAUAUAG